UUCUUGUUGACUUAGACUUGCCUGGUCCGGUUACCGUCAUACGUGGUUGUUUUUGUCAAUAAACCUUAUCUCUUAUCAAUGGACAAUGGUUUUGCUGUAGCAACUGGUCCAAUCUUUGAACUUAAGAAAAACGUUUCAUUCUUGUUUUAUGUGUGAUUGUUGUUCUGUUUUUGAUUUGAGAAACAAAAACGAUGGAGAUGAUGAAGAUUGAUCCUUUAUUCGAUCGUGCCAGUGAGCUUAAAGCUUUCGAUGAAACGAAAACGGGUGUGAAAGGACUCGUCGACUCCGGAGUUUCACAAGUUCCACGCAUCUUUCAUCAUCCAACUGUCAAAUUAUCAACCCCAAAACCACUUCCCUCGGACCUGCUACAUCUCAAGACGAUCCCAACGAUCGAUCUCGGAGGACGGGACUUCCAGGACGCGAUUAAGCGCAAUAACGCGAUUGAAGAGAUUAAAGAAGCAGCAGCGAAGUGGGGUUUCUUCCAGGUGAUCAACCAUGGAGUUUCGCUUGAACUUCUUGAGAAGAUGAAAAAAGGAGUUCGUGACUUCCACGAGCAAUCACAAGAAGUGAGGAAAGAAUUCUACAGUCGCGAUUUCAGCAGAAGGUUUCUGUAUUUAAGUAAUUUCGAUCUCUUUAGUUCUCCAGCAGCAAAUUGGAGAGACACUUUCUCUUGUACCAUGGCUCCAGAUACUCCAAAACCACAGGAUCUUCCGGAGAUUUGUAGGGAUAUUAUGAUGGAAUAUUCAAAGCAAGUGAUGAAUUUGGGUAAAUUUCUCUUCGAGCUUUUAUCAGAAGCUCUAGGGUUGGAACCUAAUCACCUCAAUGACAUGGAUUGCUCUAAGGGUUUGCUCAUGCUCUCCCACUACUACCCACCGUGUCCAGAGCCUGACCUAACUUUAGGCACAAGUCAGCACUCCGACAACUCUUUUCUCACUGUCCUUCUUCCCGAUCAGAUCGAAGGGCUUCAGGUUCGUCGUGAAGGGCACUGGUUCGAUGUUCCUCAUGUUUCCGGCGCUCUCAUCAUCAACAUCGGAGAUCUUUUACAGUUUGGAGCACAGAGUAUUGGCGAACAGAGCAACAAGAGCUCGAGUGUCUGUCGCAUGUUUCUUUACCACUGGAGUAAGACCGAAUCCUAGAAUGUACGGACCGAUUAGAGAGCUUGUGUCUGAAGAAAAUCCUCCAAAGUACAGAGAGACCACAAUUAAAGACUACGCUACUUACUUCAAUGCCAAAGGACUUGACGGGACCUCUGCUUUGCUCCAUUUUAAGAUAUGAAACAUGGUGAGCUACUACUGUCUCACACAUAUACGACAUGACAAUAUAUGUAAUAAUUCAUUUGCAGAUUAAAAUUACUUCAGAAAAGAUCAAAAGAGUGCUGGUGAAGAAAAUUCUCAAGAGGUUCAUAAACAUAUCACUGUUGAUACUUUAUUUUUUAAUACUAUCUUUAAAGCU